AUGGUGAUCUCAUCUUGUAUAGGAGGAUCACGGGAGGAGAAUAUGCGAGAUCCAUUCGAUGCCCCUGUUGAUUUCAUUGGCGCAGGUCAUCGUCCAGGGAAUGAGCUUACCAGCUUGUCUGUUAGGGACUAUGGCUUGCAAAAUGGUGAUGCUAAACCCUUCAUUCCGAACUCCGACACUCUAGUCAGGCAUCCGCUCCAGGGCGCAUCCCUCCGCAAUGACUUAAUUGCAGAAGAUCCUAAUACUCGUUUGAUGGAUCCUGAAACUAAGGAGCUUUACAUUAGAUCACGGACACAGGAAGAAGAGAUCCUGUUGCUUCGCAAACAAAUUGCUGAUGCAUCUCUCAAGGAGCUGCAGCUGCUGAGCGAAAAACAUAUUCUGGAGAGGAAGCUUUCAGACUUGAGGAUGGCUGUUGACGAGAGGCAGGAAGAUGCUAUAUCUGGUGCUUUGAAGCAACUGAAUGAGAAAAAAAACCACAUUGAAGAAAAUAUGAGAUUGGCAAAUGAACUAAAAGGUGAGGAAGAAGAGCUUUACUUGUUCACUUCUUCAUUGCUUGGUAUGUUAGCAGAAUACGAUGUUCGCCCACCUCAAAUAUAUCCUUCAACCAUUACAACGGUUACAAAGCGCUUGUACCAACAGAUGCAAUGGAAGAUCAGAUCGUUAAAUGACAGUUUAGGCGAUAUAAGUCAACCUGGAAACAUAUAUAAUCCCAAUCCUCAACAAGCAACUCCGUUGAGAAAUGACACUUCCUCAUCUUACAAUAUGGUUGCGAACAGGAACAAUUUCCCUCAGUAUGCUCAAGAUCCAAAUGAUCGACAUGCUGAGCAAAUGUACAAUGGAUCCACUUUUAAUCAGGAUAUGGUAGCUCCUACUCACUCUAAUUAUUUUGAAGAAAAUCCUGGUCCUAGAGAAGCAAGAUUAGAUGAUGACUCACAGUUCUAUAGGAAUGAUACUCAAGAGUACUCAGCUGAUGGUGAUCCAUUACCUGGUAUUGAGGGAUUUCAAAUUGUCGGCGAUCCUAGGCCAGGAUCUACUUUAAGAGCAUGUGGUUUCCCUACAAAUGGUACUACACUUUGUAAUUUCCAGUGGGUUCGCUGUCAUGAAGAUGGCACCAGGUAUUCUAUUGAAGGUGCUACGAUGUAUGACUAUGUGGUUACUGCAGAUGAUGUUGGCACUCUUCUUGCUGUAGACUGCACUCCUAUGGAUGAUAGUGGCCGCCAGGGUGAUUUGGUGAGGGAGUUUGCUAACAAUGAGAACAAGAUAACUUGUGAUCAAGAAAUGCAGAAUGACAUCAAUAUAUGUAUUUCAAGGGGGAGAGCCGACUUUGAUGUUUAUGUCCUGCAGGGGUAUUCUCCUGAAGAAUGGGAACAUGCCACGUUGGUCCUUAGACGAACCGGAUAUCAAAUAAACUUCAGCCACAAGGAUGAAGCUGUAAUUGACGAGAAAUAUUCACCAAAUCUACAGACGAAAAUUCCCAAUGGACGAACUACUCAAUUUGUUUUAGUAAGUUCUGGUGGUGUAAAUCUACCAUUUAAUACACAGGGAAUAACGGAGCCCAAUAAUGAGGAUAACGACGUUAGGCUACGCGAUCUAAUCGUAUUGGUCAUGCGAACUUUCCAGAAUAAGGCAUUAGAUGCUAAAAGGAAAGGCAAGGCUUAG